UCUGCCAUUUUCUUCUCUCAGAACGCUGAAGGAGCUUCGCGUUCUUUUGUUCUCCGUUGGUGGAUAAUAACGUCUUGACUGCUGAAGUUGAAAGAAAAGAAACAAUCUUGCGGCAGAUGGAGACCGAGAGAGCAGCAGAACCAGCUGGCAACUUGGAUGCACCUCUCCACCCUGUCCACCAGAUGUGUUCCGAGUCUGACACUGAUGACAGUGAGGACUGGAGAGAGACCAAUAACACUCGGUCAGAUUCCAUCUCUGUUGAGAAUCCAAACGUUGAUGUCAAAGAGGAGCCAGAUGAUACUGAUCACAAAUCACCGAUCGACUCGACAUGUGGGAAGAAAUGCAUCUCGAAAGAUAAAUUGACAGAUUGCAAGAAAUCCUGUGGUGGAUCUCUGACUUGUUUGCUUUGUGGGAACCCUUUUGAAACAAGAAAGAAACUGUUGAACCACAUGAGAAUUCACACUGGUGAAAAACCUUUCAUCUGCUCCCAGUGUGGAAAAGGAUUUUCAUCCAGCUGCUAUCUAAAGUAUCACAUGAGAGUUCAUACAGGAGAAAAAGCUUUCAACUGCUCCCAGUGUGGAAAAGGUUUUUCACUCAACAGCGGCCUAAAGAAACACAUGACAACUCACACUGGUGAAAAACCUUUCAUCUGCUCCCAGUGUGGUAAAUGUUAUUCAGAGAGCAGCAGACUGAAGAUUCACAUGAGAGUUCAUACUGGAGAAAAACCUUUCAUCUGCUCCCAGUGUGGUAAAUGUUAUUCAGUGAGCAGCAGACUGAAGAUUCACAUGAGAGUGCACACUGGUGAAAAACCUUUCAUCUGCUCCCAGUGUGGUAAAUGUUAUUCAGUGAGCAGCAGACUGAAGAUUCACAUGAGAGUUCACACUGGUGAAAAACCUUUCAUCUGCUCCCUGUGUGGAAAAGGGUUUUCAGAGGCCAACGGACUAAAGUAUCACAUGAGAGUUCACACUGGUGAAAAACCUUACAUCUGCUCCAGAUGUGGUAAAUGUUUUCGACAGAAUUCUACCCUGUCGAUUCAUGUGAAGACUCACUCUGAUGAUAAACCUUUCGUCUGCUCCCAGUGUGGUAAAUGUUUUCCAGUGAGCAGCAGACUGAAGAUGCACAUGAGAGUUCACACUGGUGAAAAACCUUUCAUCUGCUCCCAGUGUGGAAAAUGUUUUUCAGAGGCCAACGGACUAAAGUAUCACAUGAGAGUUCACACUGGUGAAAAACCUUAUGUCUGCUCUAGAUGUGGUAAAUGUUUUUCACAGAAUUCUACCCUGUCGAGACACAUGAGAACUCACACUGGUCAAAAACCUUUCAUCUGCUCCCAUUCUGGUAAAUAUUUUACAGGUAGCCGCAACCGAGAGAAACACAAGAAUAUUCACACAGGUUAAAAACCUUUUGUCUGCUCCUAGUGUGGAAAAUAAUUUUCAGAUAAAAGUUAUCUGAGGGCCCAUAUGAAGAUACACUGGAGAAAACCUUUUUUUUCGUCAACUAAUAUCCAGUCAGCCAAUGUAUUUGUGAAGUGAUGUCAUAUCAGUGAAAAACAGGCAAUUGUAGAAUUCUUGAGUCUUCCCUCUGCUCUCAUUCUCUUUGCAAAAAUAAUUCCAAGUAUUCCAAUUAUUGUACUCAGAAAAAAUCCACAACGGAGAGCUACAUGACAAGCACAUGCUUAUUCUUCCAUCUGCUCAUGGGCAUGGCCACCGUCACCCUGUGGGAAGAAACUGGAGAAAACCCAUGCGCACACAUGGAUAACAUGCAGGCACUAUGCAGAAAGGCCACCAUUUGAACCCUCAACCUUUUUGCUACAAGGAGAGAGUUCCAACAACUAAUCCUCCGUAAAGGAUAGAAAUCUAAGUCCUAUUUGUGAUGCCCCACUGUGCAUUCAGAAUGGUGCAAUUUAUGUAUUUUUAAAUAUAAAUGGUUGUGGAUGGGUGCAAAAUCGAAACACGGCUGCUGUUCUGACAACUGUUUCGGUGGCUGUGGGCAGCCUGGAGGUGGCAGUGUGACGUCACACACAGCACUGAGGUUUGGACUACGGCCGGGAUUGCCGGCGACUGGUUGCUUUAUGAUCUUCCUCUUUCUUGUUCAGUCUUGGAGGGGGAAAGACGCUCAGUGCCCGUCUCAUGUCUUGUUCUUUUUUUCAGGUCAAUAUUGAAUGUUGUUUCCGUUGUCCAUCCAUGUAUUGCAGUGUUUUCGAAUCAAUGUAAGCCAAGUUUGCGUGUCUAGAUGGAGCUGUGCGAGUUAUGUCACAUGAGCUUCUCUGAUUCAGUGAGAUUGCGAUGGAGUGUGUG